AGAAGAGUCCAGAGCUGGCCACGAAUGGGUGACUUCUUAAUUUUUUAAGGCUUCUUUUUAUGCGUUUAGUUAUUCCUGAACAUCUUGAGAUGUUUCUUUCAUUGUUAUUCUUUCGUGGUUGAGGGUGUCUCGAGGACACGUGUUUAUCCGUCUGGGUUUUUUUUUGGUUAACCUUCAAUCUUAUAAAAAAAGGAAAGAGCUCACAAAAUUCCUUAAUUCUUUGAAGCCACAAUGGAUCAAGCCAGGACAACAAUAUCCAAAAUUUUCAAUGGGGAGCCACGCUCUUAUACGCGCUUUAACCUGACCCAGAACAUGGAGGGUGAAAACAGCCAGGUGGAGAUGAAGCUCUCCUCAGACAUGGAUGAGGAGGUAGAGGCCAAUGGAGUUGGAGAAAAUAUGAAGAAACAUAAUGGUCCAUAUUACCCCAGCAAGCUAAGCCAGCGCUCUCCCAAAACCAUCUGCUGCAUUGUCAUUGGCAUUCUGCUACUCUUCAUUUCUGGAUACCUCAUUGGUUACCUGUCUCACAGAAGUAAAAACAACACAAAGGAUGUUACUUGUCCGGACACUGUGGAUAAUAUCCCCGGAAUACCAGAUGCACCUGUGUUUAUGGACUGGAGUGAUAUAAGAGCGUUGCUGAAGAAAAAACUAACAGCCUCCAACAUUAAAGACACCCUUAGGGAAUUCUCUAGUGCGAACCACCAGGCAGGAACGUCUGGAGAUGAGCAACUGGCUAAUAACAUCGUGGAAAAAUUCAAAGCUCUUCGAAUGACCCAAUGGACGGAUGAGCACUAUGUUAAAAUUGUACCUACUUCCUCAAAUAACAGAGUGCUGUUCCGUGGUAACGCUGUUGGAUCAACCGAGGGCUUUUUGGCUUACAGUGCAGCUAGAACAGCGGAGGGUCCUGCUCUCUAUGCUCACUAUGGAAGACCAGAAGACUUCAGACGUCUUGAAGACAUGAAAGUCAACGUGAAUGGAACGGUUGUCUUGGUCAGAGCUGGAAAAAUAGGUUUUGCUGAGAAGGUUGCUAAUGCUGAGAGAUUAAAAGCCAGUGCUGUGUUGAUCUACCCAGACCUUGUUGACUAUAAAAUUAAUGACGACACUGCUCUUUUUGGCCAUGUUCAUCUUGGAACUGGUGAUCCCUACACUCCAGGAUUCCCUUCCUUCAAUCAUACCCAGUUUCCUCCGGCUCGCUCCUCCGGCCUGCCCAAUAUUCCAGCUCAGACUAUCACCAUAAAACAGGCUACUGAAAUCAUGAAGAAGAUGGGCGGACAGGUUUCUCAUGACUGGAGGGAUGGACUUCUGAGGGAUGUCAACUAUAAUCUUGGUGAUAAUAGGGAUGUUAUCACAGUCGAAGUAAACAAUGCCCUCACUGAGAAGAAAAUCCACAAUGUGUUUGGAGUCAUUAAAGGCUACGUGGAUGAAGACCAGUAUGUUUUGAUUGGAGCGCAGAGGGAUGCCUGGGGCUCUGGAUAUGCCAAAAGCACAGUUGGUACUAGUCUGCUGGUUGAGUUGGCCAAAACUAUCACCAACAUGAUCAAGAAUGAUGGACUCAGGCCAAAGAGAAGCAUAGUGUUUGCUAGUUGGAGUGCUGGUGAAUAUGGACAUGUUGGCGCCACAGAGUGGUUGGAGGGCUACUUGACUUCGUUAAAUAUGAAAGUGGUUUCUUAUAUCAGCCUCGACGGAGUUGUUUCAGGUUCUGAUUCUUUCAAAGCGUCUGCCAGCCCACUCUUGUAUGACUUAAUUGAAAGUACUAUGAAACAGGUCUCCUUUCCUGGCGAUGAAACCAAAUCCCUCCACGAGCAGUUUUCUGCAUCCAACUGGGAAAAGUCCAUAAUAGAACCCAUGCGUUUGUUUGACUCCAUCUACACGUUCCAAACUUUCACUGGUGUCCCGUCAUUCUCGUUUCGAUUUACUUCGAGUUCAAAGCAGUACCCAUAUGACACCCUUGAAGAUACUGAAAAGAAUUUGGAUCGGUACACUUUUGACAAAACUCUCAAACUGGCCAAGGCAGCGGGCGAGGUGGCGGGGCUGGUUACUCUUCGCCUUGUACAUGACCACUUGAUCAGGCUGAAUGUGGCAAAGUAUACCAAUAUCAUUCGCAAUCAUGUGUCCCAAAUCAGGUCUAAAGUUGAAUCACUCCAAGGGUCAGGACGCCUACCAAACAAUUUGACUAUGCUGUGGCUUCUGUCAGCUCAAGGCUCAUAUGAUCGCGCCGCCAGCACCCUUCUUACUUCCAUACACAACAGCGAUCUUGGUGACCUGGAGCAGUGUCGCAUCCUCAACAGACGCAUCAUGAGGGUGGAAGGAACCCUCCUUUCCCCGUUUGUGUCUCCGCGGGAGACUCCAUUCCGGCACAUUCUUCUCGGCUCUGGUGAGCAUACUCUGGCAGCUCUGUUGGAUCACCUCAACGCCAUUAAAGAAGGCCUAGAAUCUGCCGACGUGGACCAAUUCAAGAACCAGUUUGCUUUGGCCACUUGGACCAUCCAAGGCUGUGCCAACACACUUGCUGGUGAAGUGUGGAAUUUGGAUAAUCAAAUUUAGGCGAAAAGAUCUCUCCCUUUACACUCUAAGCAUCACUCAAUAUCUAAGAGGACGUUAAAAAUAAUUCAAAUUGUAUGGUGCUCCAUUAUUAAUAUUACCGGUUUACCUCAGUGUUUUUCAGUGAGACUGCAGUCAAAAUUACGUUUAACUUAGUUUGUGGAGUACAUUAAAACCUAGUUUAGACUUGUUACAAAUUUGGAAUGUAUUACUGUUUUGUUAUUUUCUUUGACACUCCUUAUAAGGAACUUCCAGAGUAAUGCCUGCCAGUCUGGAGUUGAAGUUUGAUGAUUUACAAUCGACCUUUGUCAACUUAAUGCCUGUAUCCAACUCACCGGUGCUCUUACAACCCCUUUAAAGGCAUGAUAUUUCCAUCAGGUUUUCGGUUGAUACUCUAUUUUGGAUAAAUGUCUAUUAACAGGUAAAUUCUGACAUAUAUUACAAAAUGGAAGUAGGAAGAAGCCUUGAUAUGUGGCUUUGAAAUCUCUAUUUAUUAGUUUUUUAUUUAUCAGUGACAGAGAUCACUAUAAAUAGCUUUUGUAACGCCUUUUUUACCAAAUGUAUAAUUAUCGGAAGCAGUGCCUUCCAUAAUUAUGACAGUUAUACUGUCGAAAUGUGAAAGCAGCAUCUGCUAUGGAGAUAACUUUGUUUUAAAAGCUAUGACCAGAGACUGACACGGUGCACUAAACUACAGCAACAACAUAACAAUUGGCAGCACGUAACCGGUAUAUUUAACUUAGAUGAAAUAACAGUCUCUACAGUAUUCCUCUUAAAACAAUGUUAUACCUGAUCCAGAAUCAUUAUCGGGAGCAGUGCCUUCCAUAAUGCGAAGAUGAUGAAGGUAGUUUUUGCCUACCGAUGUGCUGAUAUCGAGGGCAGUGCCCCUCAUAUUUCACUGUGGUGUGGAUUUUAUUAUCGGGAACAGUGUUUCCCAUGAUGUACAAAUCGUCAGUAUUCACACACUCUUACCGUGCUAGAUAUCUGUUGUGAGUCAUGUGAUCUAUUGUCAGUUUGUCAUUCAACAAUCAAGUGCUCUUUCCUUUUCUGCCUGGGAUUCAUCAACUGAGGAACGAGUGAAGAGCACAAACUAGAAAUGUUCUGUGCGUGAUUUAGUGAAGGAUUUCUAUAAGAUUCUGUUCUUUCAUUCGGUUUCCACCAUUUUGUUUCUGAUGUAAUAUUUUACUAAUGCGUGAAAUGUAUAUUAGGACUUAAGCUUGUUAGAAAAUUGUCUUUUCUGUUUUUUGAUUUCAUUCUUUUUUUUGCUUUGUGUGUAUUUGACUAGCAAAUCAAAUUGAGGUUAUACAUUGAAACGCUUCAGAUAAUUGCUUCAUAGUUCAUCUCUGAUGCAUCAUUAAUGUAUAUCAAGAGCAAUCUAUUUGAAUUGGGGUGCAAGUGGAAAUAUUAUGCAAUGAAACAUGUGUGAUUUUGAAAUGUGUGCUGUUUGAACAGAACAUGCUUAAUAGUGAAAAGAUGAAAGUAGAGAUUAAACAUUAUCUGCUUACAAGUU